AUGAGCUUGUUCCAAGACCCUUCGCCACACUUUCUCCACCGACAGGGAUGGGAGCGAUGGGAGCGAGGCGCCGGCGGCGCACGCGCCCUGCCAAACAUCGUGCAGCUGGCCUCAAGCAGCAACGGGCAGCUGGUGGCAGAGGUGCUUGGUGAUCGCGCCCGUGACAGCUACUGGCGCCACUCCUCCCCGCUCACGGGCGCAGCGCUCACCGCAGACGCCCGCUUUGCCGUUGUUACCGACGCCACCACGCUCUUCACCAUCAGGGUGUCGCCCGAGUUCCAGUUCGCGCCAGAGGUCAUCUGGUCGUGCAAGCGCCACCUCUCCACCAUCACGAGCCUCACCAUCAGCAGCACGGGCUCACGCGCCAUCACCGCCGACACCAGCGGCACCAUCGUGCUCUGGCACCUCGUCGACCGCACGUCUGUCGUCCUACAGCCGGCGUCCCUGCCGCACGAGGGGCCCAUCGUCUCCGUCUGCAUCGCCUCAAGCGUGCAGCUCGCCUUUUCGGCCAGCCAGCACGCCGUCGUUGCCCACGACUUGUCACGCAUCUCGGACAACAGCAGCGGCGGCGGCGGCGGCAGCAACAACAACAACACAGCUACCACUGGCAACGCGACCACGCCCAAAGCCUUUGCUGAUUCUCCAAGCAAAAGCGCAGCCAUGGCCCUCUUGGCGCCAAGCACAACCAUCCACCCACAACCACCAACGCCAUCGUCAACAUCGCAGCCACCACCACCACCAACGACCCGCCAGCCACAGCCACUCUUCACCCUGCUUGGCCAAGCAGUGAGGGGCUCACCCACACCAUCACCGCCACAAACAGCAACAAACGCAACAGCAGCAAACGCGAUGGCCACCUCGACCGACACGGCAGACACGGCGUCUCCAGUCAUGACGACACGCGAGGUGACGGAUGUGUUGUUCCCACACGCACAACGCAGCGACCUGCACAUCACGCACGUGGACGUGACGGUGUGUGGCUCUGUCAUGGCCGUUGCGGAGAAGAACACGGGCGUGCACGUUUUCCGACGCAGCGCCAUCCCGGCCUCCUCAACAGCAUGGCAGACAGCACCAACGCAUCCCCUCACCGUGGUGGCACCCUCACCAUCGCUGUCGCCGUCUGCAUCUGUGCCAUCAUCGUCGUCGUCCAUGCUCGCUGUUGGCGUGCGCAGCUUCUCGUACGCGCGUGUUCAAGUGAUCAACCGGGAGCAGCACCGCAUCAGUCACGACGUGGAGGACCUCCAUCUCUCGCCGGAUGGGGCCGCCGUCCUCAUCACCCAGAAGAACCGAACCAACCUCGUCACGUGCACACCGCAACCACCCUCCUUCACACUCGUGGAUGGCACUGGUGAGAGCGGUGAUGGUCGUGGUCGCCGCAGUGGUCGUGGCAGUGUGGAUGGUGGCUCGUCUCGUGGCCGCGGCGAUGGGGGCAGUGACGAUAAGGGCAGCGCCACGCCUGCCGGCGUCAUCCAGAUCCCAGCGCCAUACACACGCACGAACAAGCUGACCAAGACAGGCAAGCGCAUGCGCCAGCGGCUGUACCGCACCCGCUUCAUUGACGGAGCGUCCAUCAUCCUCUCCCUCACCAAGGCCCAGACCGACUUCUACAUGCUGCGCAGCGCACCCCAUCUCGGCCACCGCCGCUUUGUGCCCACGGUCAGCGCAUCGCCGUCGUCCUCGCACAUCCACGCCGCCCGCCCGGGCUUUGAGGACCUCUGCGCCAUCGUGGACGUCACGCCCGUGGCACCAGCACCACAACACGCGCCAGCGCAUGCCGCGGCAGGACAGCAGGUGGCGCGGGUGGUGUUGACGGCUCCGUGUACGAACCGCACAACAACAACCCACAUCCCAGUGGUGACGCGUGCAGCUGCCCCGGUGCUGCUCUCCCCAGAUGGUGCCCGCGUUGCUGUCGUGCACACCAGCCACGUGGACGUGUAUGCAACCACAACCACAACAACCGCAGCAAGCGCAGCAACACCAUCAACACCAUCAACAUCGUCGUCGUCAUCGUCAUCGUCAAGCAGUCGCAAAGCACGCAGCUUUGGUCUCCCGGCUGUUGACGUGCAGCAUGGCCCAGCCAUGCAUGCAUGCAUCCCAUCACGCACUGGCAACGUCAACGGCAACUACAGAGAUGGUGAUGGCGGUGACGCGGUGCUGGUGGCUGCUGCCUUUGCAGUCGCCGACACCAAUGACGAGGAUGACAGUGGUGGUGAUGCAAUGGAUGAUGGUAUGGAUGUGAUGGAUGAUGACGCAAGCAGCAGCGCACAGCAGCAACAACAACAACAACAGCAACAGCAACAACAGCAACAGCAGCACGAUGGCGAUGUGUUCAUGUGCAUGGCUGACAGCGCUGGUCGCUGCUGGGCCAUGCGGGGCUGCAAGCAUGAUGGUGGUGAUGGAGACGGUGGUGGUGACGACAAUCACAGCGCCGGUCCGUUUGGAGCCGCACAGCAGACAUUGUCGUUCGUGUGUGCGGUGGACACGCCGCCGUCGCAUGUGGAGUGUACGACCCGGCUGCUGCUGGCGUGUGAGGAAGAGCGUGGCUGUGUCACCAUCGCAGCGCUUGGUGGCACAUGUGCACGCGCACCGCCGCUGGCACUGCAGCCUGUGCUUCCCGAUCACCACCUCGACCGUGCUGGUGUUGUUGUUGAUGAUGAUGGUGUCGAUGAUGAUGGUGUCGAUGGUGAGGAUGCUGGUGGGGCGAGGAUGAGGAAGUUCCACGCAUCAAUUCUACCGACCACCGCCGAUGUUGUGGCGCAGGGUGCGAUGGAAGAAGAUGCAAGGCGAGGACUGAUGGGCGUUUUGUUUCAGAGCACCAUGCGCGGGUUUUCGUACUGCAGCAUCAACGCAUGCCAUGGCAGCACGCCCCACGCGCACACCAUGCUGGACGUUGUUGACGACGCCACCAUUGUCAGCCGCCGUGACGCUGCCUUUGGUGGUGUUGCUGGCGGUGAAGGUGAUGACGUGGAUGCGAUGGAUGAUUCGAGCGAGGACGAAUACGAUGAGGAGGAUGAUGUCGUUGCUCAACUUCAUGGCAGCGCACUCAAUGACGAUGACGAUGAUGAAUCUGAGGACGAGGACCGCGAGCAGGACAAUCAUCACCGCAACCGUUCAGGCAUUCCGACCUCAGACCCACAACACCACAUGCACCACAUGCACCCGACACCCGCUACCUUCCACAGCCGCAAGUCCCCCUCCCUCACAAGCGCCACCACCAUGACCACCAGCAUCAGCACGACCACCACCGCACCCAGCCUUGCGGUGGGCUCGCUGCUGUGCCACCACGAACUGACGCGGGCGGAGCAGCGACUGCUUGCAUAUCCGCCGGUGCUGUCGCCAUGUGGCCGCUUCGUCGCCGCGCUCUUCCGCGCACCCAGUGGCAGCCACGAUCGCGACAAUGGCGAUGACGAUGACGGUGAUGGUGAUGAGGGCGGUGGCAGUGGUGGUGUUGGCAGUGGUGGUGGUGGUGGUGAUGGCAUGGAUCACGGUGACGAUGUGACCUCACCACCAUCGACAUCACCACCAUCGACACAGCCGGCCCGCGCCCGGGCAGCGCUGCUGCGUGUGUAUCACGUGGACAGCGGCUGGCGCGCGCGUGUUCUGCAGGACUUCCACCUCCCACCGGCCGACGUGACGGGCGUGUCACUGGCGGUGCUGCGCGCAUCUGUGCGCGAACGGGACCUGAUGGUGCUGCUCAACACGACAACGGGCGUGCAGUUCCUGCGCUGCAUUGUUUCUGUUCCACAGCAGCCGGCCACCGACACCGACGAGGCCGCCACCGCCGUGCACCAGCGAGCGCUGCGGCAGGUGUGGCGAACACGCACCCAUCGUCACCAUCGUCAUCAUCGUGGCCAACAAGAGCCAGAGCUCCAUCGCGGUGGCCUUGUUGCGGCGACAGCAAAGGAUGCGAUGCUGAUGAAGAUGAAGAUGAAGAUGAAGAUGAUGAUGGCGACAGCCACCGCUGGUGACGAUGAUGAUGAUGGAAGGGAGGACGCGACCACAGCCACGCAGAUGCGCGUGGUUGGUGUCGACAAGUCCAUGCUCACACCGCCAACAGCGACGACACCAACAACAACGACGGCGCCAAUGACGGGGCAAGAUGGGAUGGAGGUUGAGAUGGAGCCUGGGAUGGACCCGCAGCAGCUCAUGAAGCAGGUGGCGGCAUUGCACAUGAGACCUUCACCCACGGCCAACGCAGCUGUCACCACGACAUCAGCCGUGUCGUUCCUGCCGCCUUCUGCAUCAUCAUCCUCGCCCCCGCGCGCACCUCAGCACUACCCAUCGCAACAAGAGUAG